UGUUGUGUUACAUGAUCCAGUCUGAAGUAUUUUUCAUAUAUGAUUAAGUUUCAACAGUUGGAGGACAACAUUGCCACUUUUGUGAAGAACGAGUUGAAAAAGAUCCAGAGGCUUUUGAGUCCAGGUGAUCCAGAAUGUUUGGAGAGCCAAAGGGAUGAAGAGGAGGUAUUGGAAGAUGAGGAUGAAGAGAAGAGAAGCAGCAGAGAGGCACUUAUGAAGAUCAUAGUGAACUUCCUGAAAAUUAUGAAGCAGGAGAAGCUGGUUGAAUGUCUUUUGAGCAAAUCUCCCAAAUUUUGUCAAGACAAGCUUAAAUCUGGUCUGAAGAAGAAGUUCCAGUCUGUGUUUGAAGGUAUCGCUAAAGCAGGAAGUUCAACCCCUCUGAACCAGAUCUACACAGAGCUCCACAUCAUAGAGGGAGGAACUGGAGAGGUCAAUGAUGAAUAUGAGGUCAGACAGAUUGAAGCAGCAUCCAGGAAACCAAACAGACCAGAAACAAUAAUCAGACCAGAAGACAUUUUUAAAGUACCACCUGGAAGAGAUCAACCAAUCAGAGCAGUGAUGACACAGGGAGUGGCUGGCAUUGGGAAAACAGUCUUAACCCAGAAGUUCACUCUGGACUGGGCUGAAGGCAAAGCCCACCAGAACAUCCAGUUCAUAUUUCCAUUCACCUUCAGAGAGCUGAAUGUGCUGAAAGAGAAAAAGUUCAGCUUGGUGGAACUUGUUCAUCACUUCUUCACUGAAACCAAAGGAAUCAGCAACUUUGAAGACUUCCAGGUUCUGAUCAUCUUGGAUGGUCUGGAUGAGAGUCGACUUCCUCUGGACUUCACCAACAAGGAGAUCCUGACUGAUGUUACAGAGUCCACCUCAGUGGAUGUUCUGCUGAUAAACCUCAUCAGGGGGAAACUGCUUCCCUCUGCUCUCCUCUGGAUAACCACACGCCCUGCAGCAGCCAAUCAGAUCCCUCCUCAGUGUGUUGGCAUGGUGACAGAGGUCAGAGGGAUUAGAUCAGUAGCGACUGGCGUGGUUUGGUAUUACAUAAUUUAG